CAAGCCCUGUGCGGCCCUGCGUGGCCGAACUAGCCAUGGACGAGGUCCAUGGAGACUGGGAAUGUGGAGAAUCAGUUGGCAGAAGGGCGCCUGGAGAAAGUCUUCGAAUUCCUAGACUGCAUCGAGGACUACCAUCCGAGCCAUUUGGUCGCGUGGCUCCAGUCGCGGUUGGUGACCAUAGAAGAAUCAGCCGUCCCAGUCACACGGCCCUUCCAGGAUCACUAUGCCAAGUUGGAAGUAGCACCGGACGCAGACAUCGCAAGUAUUCGGCGAGCAUUUCGCAAGCUUGCGCUAGUGACCCAUCCGGACAAGCCCAGCGGUGACCGACAGCGCUUUCAGGAGGUGUCACAUGCUUACGAGGUCCUGGCAGACCCAAUCCAGCGUGAGGCUUAUGACCACGAACGGCUUCGAAGAGCUGCUGUUGUGGAGGAAGCUACGCUGCGCACCUUGAAGCUGCGCUUGAGGCCCACCAGAGAGGUCGCCAAUGAUUUUGGAAAAGACUUGGAAAGGCUGAGAGCCCGUGCGCACGAGGCGCUAUGGUCUGCAGUAGACUCUUUGCAAACCAUGACUGGUUUGAUAACAGUUCAAUUUGCUCCAAGUGGAGACCCUCAGGAAUCGCCAGAAUCGGUAGAUUGGAAGCCUGCGGGGAAUGGCCCAGCCGGGCCACAGGGCGCAGACUUCUUGUAGCGGGCUUCGCUAGCGGAAGCAAAGCUGGAAGCCGUCCCGAUGCGCCCGAUGCGCUAUGUACAUAGAGAUGAGCAUCCAACUGACGAAAAGAUCGAAAAGAAAAGAGUCAAGUGCUAUUGAAUAGAAAAGAAUAGACGACAAAUCAAGGUGUGAAAAUCCA